UUUUGCACCAUCCCUCUCCUUUUUCUUUUUCUUCUUCUUUUUCCCCAAUCUUUAUUUUGUUUUAAUCAACUUUCCUUUUCCUCUAGGCUAUAUUUCAGAAACCUUUGUUCUGUGGACUUAAUAUUAACUUACUACUGCGUAUUACUUUACAGCUUCACCGCCCUUUACCACAAUGACUGCUUACUACUGCCUUCACAAUGCAAUCAGUCUGUUCUUCGAGUCAAACACAAGUGUAACAAGACAGCAAUGGGAUGAGCUUGCGGUUUCUCUGGCUGGGGAGCGGGUCAAUCCUGUGCCGAUACAGGGGACGUUCAGCUAUACUGUGACGGCAGGGACACACGAGUCCAAACUCUUCCAGUUCCGAGUUCAGGACUCCAGUCUCGACAUGGACCUCAUGAGCCUCGCCAAGGCAGUUCGCCCACCACUUGUGGCCGACUGCAAGUAUCACGGAACUUUGGACAAUCAAGACCCAUCCACAUAUACGAGAUGGACAACGUCCCCGGGACUGCUUACAUUAUGGCGCGCGAUAUCUCCAAUGUACAGCCGCCAGACGCUGUAUUGCGGCAGCGCAACCCUGUCAAAGACUUUGCAAAGUUUUUUUGGGCAGUCGUGGAACACCAGCCGACCGUUAAACCCAGACGAUGCAGCUGCCCUGCUUACUGAGUGUCAUUCUAAGUUCGACCUCCUUGCUCGAUCGCUACCAUCUCGGUUCGCGUCGAACUUGGGCAGAGUUUGCCAAGAGCUUCCAUCCCUCCUCUCAGGGGCACUUCGUUUCGUUCUCAGUCAUGGGGACCUCCGUGAGAUGAAUAUUCUCAUAGAUCCCGAAACUGGCAGGAUCACGGGAAUUGUGGAUUGGGCAGAGGCAAGCAUUCUUCCGUUCGGUUUUCCCUUGUGGGGGCUUGAAAAUAUUCUUGGGUACAUGGGUCCUAAGGGAUGGCAAUACUAUGACAAUCCCCAUGAACUGGAGGACCUCUUCUGGCAAACUUUUAGAGAAGCCAACAAUGUCUCGGAUACUGAUCUGCAGCUCAUUCGGGCUGCUAGGAUGGCCGGUUUAUUCUACCGUUACGGGUUCAUCGUGGAGGGCAAAACCGUGAAAGGUGUGGUGGACCAGUCUGAUCCUUCGUCCAUCGCGGUAUCUCGAUGCAUUUUGCACAACUGCUGACUGGACCCCGACAACGUGAGCCGGCUCAUCAUACCCUGGAUACGAUACAUUCCACCUUGAAGCCGCCGAACAAGCAUCCAGAGACAAAAGCUGACCAGAUGUUGCCGGGGCCAGGAUGCAGUUGCCUGUCAAAGGUGGAUGUGGAUGUCGAUGUAGAUUGACACA